UUUUUACUGUUGUUCAUCCCCCUUUGACAUAACCACUUCUGCCGUCAACCGGCACCUAGAGCCCCUAAGCUGAAGAAAUCCCACUCGUUGGCGACAACACCGCACGUUCUAGCAUAUUGACCGCUUUCACUCACAGCUCUACUAGUGAUAGCUUGCCUCCUUCACUGUUGCUUCCGAUGGUCCUCCUGUUUGCCCCAUCCCUCCCUGAAGUGUUAUAAGUACAUCGACAGUACACACACCUCCCAUCGGCUCUUGAUCACCCCUUGUUACCGUGAACCUGGAUGAUUCCUCCGAAGGCCGACUGAGAUGGCGAUGAUGAAUCAACCGCGUCGCAAGGCGCUCCUCAUCGGUAUUAACUACUUUGGCUCAGGACACCAACUGGAAGGCUGUAUCGACGACGUGCGCAACGUACAGGAGUUCCUGCUGUCACGCAACUACAGCACUCAUCCGAGAGACAUGGUCGUCCUCACGGACAAUAGUGAUCCGAGGGGCCCGUACUUUCCGACAGGCCACAACAUCAUGGCGGCGAUGCGGUGGCUCGUGAGUGAGCCUGGAUGUUUGUGCUUUUUACACUACAGUGGACAUGGAGGGCAGGUGCCUGAUAAUGGGGAUAGGAGGAGCUCGAGUGGCUUCGAUGAUACGAUUGUCCCGGUGGACUUUGAAAGGAAUGGACAGAUUCCGAGUGGGGUGUUGCACCGGGAGUUGGUGAGUGGGUUGGCGAACGGCUGUGUUUUGAGUAUUGUGUUUGAUUGUUGUCACAGUGGUUCAGCAGUCGAGCUGCCAUUCGUGUAUAGGACGGAUGACGAUGGCAACGUCAACUUGAUGGACAACUUAAAACAAGGAGCUGAGUUGAUCGGGGAGGCAAGCCACCUGAUUCGAGGUGACUUCUCAUACGACUCAGAGGGAGAAGCGAGGCAUUUGCUGGCGGGAGCCACGAGUUUCUUUCGAUCACUGAAGCAUGAAUACGAUGGAGACUAUCAAGAAGGCCUACAAGAAAACAACGAUUACGACGACUGGGCACGGGAGGGGAAGAGUGUGUUCAUGUUCUCGGGGUGUAAAGACGAGCAGACCAGCGCUGAUGCAUUUAUCAAUGGGCGACACGUUGGCGCCAUGUCCUGGGCGUUCUUGGAGACGAUGAAGACUGAUUAUUAUUGGAAUAUCUCUUACAUUCAGAUUCUGCAAAAUGCGAGGGCGUUGUUGCAGGAAAACUACUCACAGAUACCACAGUUGAGCUGUGGGUUCCAGUUCAAUCUGAACAGUCCCUUUAGGAUCUGAUUGAUAACUCAACAUGCAAGGGCAAAGAGGACGGCAGGAUCGUGAAGAUAAAGUCUCUGAGGACGAUAGGACGAUAGGUCAAUUCGACCAUUUGGCAGUCAUGAACGUAUGAUCUUCGAGCCUAUUAUGCUUGAUCAUGGUAGUUGGGAUUAUUUAUUGAGGUAGUUUGGUCGUCAUUGUAGAAGUUGACUGAAUCAGACUGAGUGAUGCCUGAGACAAGAAAAUGACUGGGAUGCAUCAAGUCAGC